AUGCACGCCUUCGGGCCGCCUCCCCACGGCCGGGAGCUGCUGCUGGACGGGGCGGGCCGCCCGGCCGGCCUCCCCCUGCCCCUGCCCCUCACCCUAAGCCUGCCCCGGCCCCGGCCCUCGCCCGCCGCCCCCUGCCCGUGGCUCGGCGGCCCCGCCGCCCCCUGCCCGCCGCCGGAGAGCCCCCGGCCGCCCUACUCGUACUCGGCGCUGAUCGCCAUGGCCAUCCACAGCGCGCCCGGGCGGCGCCGCACCCUGCGCCAGAUCUACCAGUUCGUGGCCGACACCUUCCCCUUCUACCAGCGGAGCAAGGCCGGCUGGCAGAACUCCAUCCGCCACAACCUCUCCCUCAACGACUGCUUCAAGAAGGUGCCGCGGGACGACGACGACCCGGGCAAAGGCAGCUACUGGACCCUCGACCCCAACUGCGAGAAGAUGUUUGACAACGGCACCUUCAGGAGGAAGAGGAAGAGGCGCCCCGACGCCGGACCGCCCGACGGGGCGGGGAGCAGCGGCGGGGCCCCGGGAGGCUCCUCCUGCCCGGCCGGGCUGCGGGGCCCCCCCGGCGGCUUCAGCUCCAGCGGGGCCCCCUUCGGCCGCGCCGGGGCCCAGGCGUGAGCGCGGCACCCCCUCCCCCCCCCACCCAACCCCCGGCGGCGAUUUGCUCCUCGAGGAGCGUUUUUGUAGCGCGGAAAUGUACAUUUUUGUAGAGAUAUAAACUGACAGAGGCGGAACGAGGGCUGUGUGUGUGCUGG